GAAAGUAGAGACACAAACACUUAAUUAUUUAAUUUUAAUAUUUGAAUAAAGAGAUCUUGUUCUUCGUCUCCGAGACAGAGCAUUGCCGGAGAAGAGAGCAAGACCGAGACAGAAAGGGCGAUAUUUUUCACAGAUUGCCCUCUCCGUCUCGAUCGACCUUAAUAAUCAACAAUACCAUUAACAAAUAAUCCCUUUUUUACUUUUCUUUUCAUUCUUCGUAUUGGAUUAUUCCACUGCUUGGUUAAUCUUUGAUUUCUUUGUGAUGUAUUUCCUUCCAUUAAUCCGUUCUCUUUGAUGCGACGGUUGAAUGCCCGUAAGAGGGACGAUUCUAAAGUUCCCGAUAUGGAUCCCACCAAGCUGCACCUUCGACCCAGCAGCAGACCCAAUUUGUUCGCCAGGACCAACUCCAAGAACUCUAAAUCCAAAUGGUGGGUUUCUCUUGCAGCCCUACUUGCGUUUGCUUUCUUCCUCUUUUCCCUCUUCGUUUUUGCAAGGAAUUUGCGGAACUCUCUGAAGAGAAGGUAUGGAAUCGUUAUCGAUGGAGGUAGUACGGGGACUCGAAUCCACGUGUUUGGGUACAGAGUCGAGGGUGGUUAUGGGGUUUUUGAUUUUGGGGAAGAGGGAUUGGCGUCGAUGAAGGUGAAUCCUGGGCUGUCGGCCUAUGUACAAGAUCCAGAUGGAGCUGGAAAGUCUUUGGUAGAGCUUUUGGAGUAUGCGAAGAGUCGGGUUCCAAGGGAUCAAUGGGGAGUCACAGAAAUUCGGUUAAUGGCAACGGCGGGGCUAAGAUUGCUGGAUUUGGAUGUACAGAACCGCAUAUUGGAGUCUUGCCGGCUGCUGCUUCGGUCUUCGGGGUUUAAGUUCCAGGAUGAAUGGGCGUCGGUCAUCACAGGCUCUGAUGAAGGGACUUAUGCGUGGGUUGCGGCUAACUAUGCACUGGGUACUCUUGGAGGUGAUCCCCUUGAGACAACUGGAAUUAUUGAACUUGGUGGAGCUUCAGCUCAGGUUACUUUUGUUUCAAGUGAAUCAAUACCUCCUGAAUUCUCACGUACAGUUAAAUUUGGCAAUAUGACAUAUAGUCUUUACUCUCACAGCUUUCUACAUUUUGGGCAGAACGCUGCUCAUGAUUCCUUAAGAGAAGGACUUAUUACAGGAGAGUUCAACUCAGGAGCUAAAACUAACGGAUUGUCUGUGGAUCCUUGUACUCCCAAUGGGUACUCUCAUACUUCGGAGUCUGAAGCACUAUCUCCAGGCUUUAUGGUAGAAAGGAAUUGGUAUUUAUCAACUUUCCAUUCCAAGGGAAACUUCUCUGAGUGCAGAUCUGUUGCUUUAUUGCUGCUGCAAAAAGGAAAAGAGAAAUGCACCAAUGGGAACUGCUCUGUAGGAUCCAUUUACACACCAAAACUUAGAGGGAAGUUUUUGGCUACGGAGAAUUUCUUUUACACAUCAAAAUUCUUUGGUCUUGGACCGAGAGCUUUUCUUUCAGAUCUGAUGGUGGCUGGACAGGAGUUCUGUGGUGAGGACUGGUUGAAGUUGAAAGAGAAAUACAGGCUACUCGAUGAAGAUGAUUUGCUGCGUUAUUGCUUCUCAUCAGCGUAUAUCGUGGCCCUACUUCAUGACAGUCUUGGAAUUGGAUUAGAGGAUCAGAGCAUCACUGCUGCAACUCAAAUACAAAACAUUCCGCUUGAUUGGGCAUUGGGAGCUUUCAUCUUGCAAAGCACAGCUGCAAUAGAGUCAGAACCAGAGCAGUGGGAUUGGAUUAUGGCCAUCUUUGGCUAUGAGUUUCCUACAAAGCUCUCACUAAUUGCGGUAUCAAUUCUGUUGUUGUUUAUAGCAUGGUCUGUAUCAAAGUGGAGGAAACCUCAGUUAAAGACGAUUUACGAUCUAGAGAAAGGACGGUACAUAGUGACCCGUGUGAGUAAAUGCUGAUAAAAACUAGUUAACUUUCCUGGGUCGGUUUGAUUGCACAAGGAAAGAACACAACUACACUACAUAAAAUUAUUAUACAAUUUAGCCUCCGUAUCCCAUAGACCAAAUCUGCAAGUCCAAGAUGUUUGAGAUUGUAUAUUAUGUGAUUUUAAUUCACAUCUCAUGUAGACUACAACUGUUGUAGAAAAAGCUUCCCUUUUUGCUUAGCGGGAGAACAGGCGACCAUUCCCAUUUCCAUUCCCAUUCCCAUCGUCAGUGCCAUUCCCAGUGCCGACUUAGGGUGAAAUGAAAUUGUAGGAGAUUGGAUUCCCUUUACGUUAGAAGUCCUCCCCCCACCAUUGUAUUAUGACUGGUUUUAUGAUGAAAUUAGAUAUGCUUCCUGUGUCAUCAAGUCAU